UGAGUGUGACCCACUUGCGAACCCGUUAGCGGAUUGUGGCUGGCGCUCUUCAGCCAAGCAAAGAGUCCAAAAUGACAGGAUGAGAUAUCGUCAGUGCAGGCCGAGAAAAGCAUUCUCGCUGAUUUCACGAUCGGCUAGGCAAAUGCGGAUGCAUAGAGCGGGUGCUGUAGGGCCUCGAGGGGCGCGACGAUUGAGGAUUGGAAACGCGGGUUGCGAUUUCGCGCCAACGCUCGCAGGUCAGGAUAACAACGUCUUGGCGAGCUUAUCUGUUCAGGCAGCAUGCACCGCCCCCAGCACAGCACGUUGGCCCCUCUUUACACAGCGCUGUGUUUCCAUCGUGGCGGCACGGAACCGCUCGACCUGCACGAUGCUGCGUGUGGGAUUGCAUGGGCUCGACCGUUUCGUAGACGAAGGAUCGCCUUUGCGUCGGGCCGUGCUGCUGGUGGAGAUGCGUGAUCGCACCGCUCGUGACUGUCAGUGCCAACGAAGUUUCUUCAUCCCUUUUGCUUUUUGCUACUUCGACACCACAAGCUGAGCACUCUCGUCUUCACUGCCCCGGUCUUGUCGAGCCGGCUCCUAAUCUGCCCCAGCAACGUACUACUACUGCUACCGCGCGGCUCCAGCGAAUAGGAGAUCGUGCGGCCCAAUCACAUCAUGAAACGAGGUGAACGGCCACCCAAAAGCUUUCGGGGCACACCGGCAGGUCGCUUCUGCUUGGCGCGG